GUUGGCGUCGGCCCUUGGCACGCCAGACCAAGGGACUUGGCACGCCAGACCAGGGUAGGAGGGCACCAGACCGUGACUGGGCCCUGGGCCUCCGCGCCCCAUCUACCCGGAUCCGGGCCCUGGAUCCUGGGCCCGAGCCUCGUCCAGUCGUCCUCCUGAGGCGCUACAUAAAGCAUGGCCCAAUAUGAGUUUCUGCAACAUAAUUAUACCUACCUGCCAACACGCCACUUACACGCCAAUUCUUUGCGCGAUUGCAGUGACCCAGCAUUGAAACAAGCCUUAGUGCAGUCCACUGGACUCUGCUAGCCAGCGGUUUCUGGUAUAUUGCUCAGUGCACAAUAUUACAUCCAUUCAGGACACGAAAGGCCAAGAAGGGCACUUCCGGAAGUCGGUGGCACAGAGCUCGCUCUGGUCUUCACUUUAAAAGGCCAGGCGACAACCGAUACGCCUGCAGACGUCGCUCAUCGGUCGCUACCAAUGUCGACGACACAGUCUCAGAACACAGCGGUUGGGCAACUUGGCGCGUCGGGCGCGCCAGACCAGAACGAUACCACCAACAACUACGACACCCGCAUCAUCGCCGCGGCUGAGGCGGGCGACACCCUCACGCAGCUCCCCGCCCGCAUCAUCGCCGCCGCGGCCGCAAACGGCAACAACAUUGGUGGUCGUCUGCAGCCCUACGGCGCCGCACCGAACGACACCAACGGCCCGCUGCUGCCGCCACCGGCGCCCCUGCGAUUCCAUUACCAGCAGCAGCAGGUGCCGCAGACCGCUCAAGCCCCACAGGUUCUGGCCCACACCCCUGCCGCCGGCGGUCGCGUGGACGGCGGUGGCGGCGGCGUAGGCGGCUUUGUGCGGCGCAUGAUCGGCUCUCUGCGCCGCACCGGCAGUGGCAGCCACGACCCGCCCCAGCAACAGCAGCAGCAGCAGCAGGCGCCCACGCCGCUGCCGCAGUUCCAGCUGGGCCCCGGGGGCCCCGCGCUCCACAUGCUGCAGGCGCGGACCCGGCACGCCAGCCACCGCGCCGGCGGCAGCAGCGGCGGUGGCGGCGACGACCAAUCGGGUCUGGGACGCCAGACCUCGCAACAGGCCAUUGCGCGCGCCAUCCUUGCCAAGGCGUCCGAGCUGCCUCUAACUCGGCGCCACGAGCUGCUGGCUGCGGCCGCCGCCGACCCCGCCCUGGCGCUGGUGUUCUCCGCCAACACCGAGCAGCCGGUGCCACCCGUGUCCGACCUGGACGGCAGGCUGGACAAACUGCUCAAGCAGGUCAAGAGCCAGUCGCCGCCUUCCACCGACGCGCCCAAGCAGUCGCAGCAGUCGGAGCAGCAGCCGGAGCAGCAGCAGCAGCAGCAGCCGGAGGAGGAUGAGGCGCUCACGCUGCGGGUGGUGCCGGAGUAUGUGCAGUACGGGCUGGGUGAGGAGGCGGUGCGGGCGGUGGUGAGCCUGAAGGCGGUGGCGGACGUGAAGCAGCGCGCGCACGUGGCGCUCACGUGCGUGCUGGACCGCUCCGGGUCCAUGAGCGGCGAGCGCAUCGCGCUGGUGCGCGAGACGUGCCACUUCCUGAUCGACCAGCUCACACCCGACGACUACCUGGGCAUCGUGUCGUACUCGGGCGGCGUGCGUGCCGAUGUGCCGCUCCUGCGCAUGACCCCCGCGGCCCGAGGCCUGGCGCACGCCAUGGUGGAUGCGCUGGAGGCCGACGGCAGUACGGCACUGUACGACGGUCUCGUGGCGGGCGUACGGCAGCAGAUGGAGGCGGAGGUGGAGAUGAAGAAGCUGCUGGGGGCGGCGGCGGCGGGCGGCGGCGGCGCGUCGCGGCUGGUGCACAGCUGCUUCCUGUUCACGGACGGCGAGGCCACCGAUGGCCCUCGCGACCCCACCUCCAUCCUAGCUGGCCUGGCGGCCCUGCAGGCGCCCACGGACCAGCACGUGACGGUGCACACGUUCGGCUUCGGCGCGGGCCACAGCGUGGAGCUGCUGCAGGCGGUGGCGGACGCCCAGUCGGGCGUGUACUACUACAUCUCCUGCGUGGACGACAUCCCCAGCGGCUUUGGAGACGCUCUGGGAGGUCUGCUGGCUGUGGUGGCCAAGGACGUGCGCGUGGGCGUUCGCGCCGCGCCCGGCAUCAACCUCACCGCCUUCCGCUCCGGCGGCCGCGUGGUAGGCGGCGCCGGCGGCGCCCUGGCCUCCGCCGCCGCCAGCGCGCAGGCCCGCGCGCGGAGUGCCGCGCCGCACCGCCAGCAGCGCCCUGGCAGCGCCGCCAACGGCGCCGGCGCCGCUGCCGCCGCGACGCCGACCCCGGCGGUGCCCACCGCGACGGCCUUCAACGACAUGUUUGCGGAGGAGUCACGCGAGUGCCUGCUGGCGCUGGCGCUGCCGGCUUCCGCGGCUUCCGCCGCUGCUGCUACAGCCGCCGCCGGCGGUGCUACAGCCGCUGGUGGUGAUGAUGUAGUGGUGCUGUGCCACGUGGACCUGGAGUAUACGGACGUGGCCACGGGCCGCCGCCGCCAGGCCACCGCCGCGCUCACCGUGGCGCGCAGCGCCGCCCCGCGCCCAGACGACGUGCUCCCUGCCGAGCUGGUGUUCGUCACGGCCGCGCGCUUCGACACCCUCGACGCCAUCGAGGCCGCGGAGGCCGCCGCCGCCGCCGCCACCGGCUCGGACGUGAGCGCCGCGCACGGGCUGCUGGACGCGCACGCCGCCAGGCUGCUGGCGGCGCCGAUCAAGGGCAACGCCACGCUCAGCGCCCUAGCGACCCAGACGCACUCGGCGCGCGCGUCCAUCCGGCCGCGGUACGAGUUCAACCAGGAAGGCGUGGCGACGGUGGCGGGGACCAAGCAGGCUCUGAAGCAGCAGCGUAUUGGCACCAGCACCAUGGCCUCGCCCGCCAUGUUCGCCGAGUACGACCACCGGGCCAAGGCAAACUUCCGCUGCACGACCAGCACCAGCGUGCAGGCCAAGUACAGCAGCCGCAACGCACCAUCGCACCCGUAAUGUUGCGGCGCGCGGCGCGGCGUGGUGGGGCUUGGUGUGGCGUGGUGGGAUAGGAUGUGGGGUAGGGGCGUGGGUAUGGAGUUGCUGGGGUGUUGAAAAGCCGGGGAUGCCGGCCGUAAGUUGUCCUGUGGGGCUGGAACUUGCGGGAGUCUCGGAACGAACUGGGCGUCGACGUUACGGAACAGCUGAGAUGCAGUCCAGUAGAGAGCAAUGCAGUACGGAGGUGGUUGCUUUGAGGCCGGGAUUGGCCAGUGGUUGUUUGACACGCAGGAUGCAAAGUAAAGCCGUUCAUGAUUUAUUGGGACCGCCCAGGCCGGAUGUUGGAGGUGCAGGUUGCAGUCAUGACUUUAUUAAUAGCUUCGGUACUGACCUCAGUAGCUGAUUGAGUUCUGCAACGGAGGAGAGCACGUUGCUGUACGUGUGAGCGCCUGUGAGGAAGGCUGCAGGUCUCGCCUCUGACACGGUACCGUAUAUUGUUGCCGCGCCGCGUUGCGCCGUUGCAAACACUUUGUGUAGGUUCAUAACCUUGGAAGAUUGGUCCUUAAGCAGAAACAGGGGGCUGGACAUGAUAUGUCGACAUGACCUGUAACGUGCCCCCUGUUUGCUUCGCCCACCUCUCGUAAGACAUGCCACGUCUCCCGUCUAAGACCGCCAGUGUCCACCGCAUCUCGCAAACAUAGCCAGUGUAGCAAGAGUGGUACUCAAGCCCCGAAGGAGCUCGCCUGCUGUGCGGAAGCGGCGCUGGGGCUGGAGGCGCCGGCGAUGGACGUGAAAGCGGCUAAAGAGGAACGAGAGUAGUCCUGGCAUAGGCGCCGGACGCUAACUAGGAGUCAACACAGGCUCUGCCCCAUCUCGAAUCCGCUAGCCUAACCUAUACAGACUGGCCGGAACACAGAGCGCCAAGCGUCCUCAGUCGUUGUAAAAUACGGUACAAUCAGGUCAAGGAUCAGGUCCCAUUCCGAGGACACGCGACACGAACCGUGUGUUUUACCCGGUGGGCUCCGCCCACAUUCAGGGUCAGUAGCACAUGCAGGGUUUGUACAGGCACGGCCCGCCAUGUGUCCAACCGCGUCCCGCUGUCAAGCACAAGCACAACAGGCAACAAACCAAACAGCCGUACAUCCGACCACUGCCAUGCUAUGCUCGGUAGCCCUAUGCGUGUGCGCCCUGCGCGUUUGCGUUUCACAGGGCAAGCAGGCCAAGGUUGGGUGGCGCUGCUAUGGGGUGAUGCCUCGUGCCUUUGGGUGGGCCUAUGGCAGCUCAAGGGAGAGAUCAACACCAGAAACAGACACACGGAAAC